UAACCAGUUGCUGUAGAACGUGCUCUCCGCUUGGACCUUAACAACCAUCCACGGAACGUUUGCCACUCUUAUCAAUUUAACCAGCUGCCAACAUGGAACGCGGCAACACGCAAUUCGAUAAAUACACAAAAAUUUGGAGUGGACCAAGGCCGGCAAAUUUUUUUGAUGUGGACUGUUCGAUUGGAAAAAUUCUGUUUGCCUUUAUGAGAAAUCAUCCGACUAACUUAUGCCAGAUUUCUGAUACGGAGGGCACAGCCUUGACCAAUGGCGAAGCAAUCACAUUUGCCAUACGCAUUGCCCAGCAAUUGAAGGCCAUGGGACUGAAGUCAGCCGACGUGGUGGGCAUAGCUGGAACUAAUACCACCUAUUUGAUGCCUGUAAUUCUGGGUUGUCUUCUAAAUGGGACACCUUUUCAUGCGGUUAGUCCAUGGCACGAUGAGGAGACCAUGAAGCAUUUAUUUUGCAUUACCAGACCAAGAAUUAUAUUCUGUGAUGGCGCGGUUUAUGCUAGAAUAAGUGUUAUAGCCAGAAUGUUAAAGACUCCAGUAUAUACCCUGAAAGAGCAUCGAUUGGGUACGCCACGUGUGGAGGAUUUACUGGAGCCCACCAAAAUGGAGUUGUAUUAUACACCGGAAAGCUUAUUGCUGGGUGGUGAUCAAACGGUGGCCAUUCUCAGCACUUCAGGUACCUCUGGACUACCCAAGGCUGUUUGCAUAUCAAAUUCGGCUUGCCUCUUUGAUUUUGGCUUUGUGACUGGCCAAGAUGUUUUGCUUUCUUUUAGUACUAUCGAUUGGUCAGCUGGUUUAUUUAAUAUGCUCUUCAGUUGCUGCCAUGGUUCGACACGUAUUAUCACGGAUCGAGCCUAUUCACCAGAGUAUAUGCUACAGUUGGUUGAGAAAUAUAAAGUCACACUUCUGACAGUGAUUCCCCAACAGGUUGCCUCUUUGAUUAAGGCGCCGACGUUGAGUAAGCAACGUUUGUCCACAGUUCGCUUUAUCAGUGUGGGUGGCGGCAAUUGCUAUGUGGCAAAUCUUCUCAAGAUGCAGGACUUUCUUAUGAAUGGUCAAAUAUCCUAUGGUUAUGCCCUGACCGAAGCUGGUGGCGUCUCGGCCAAUAUGGGUGUGGCGAAACCCUCAUCGGUGGGUCGAAUUGUGCCCGGAGUGAAAGUGAAAAUACUCGAUGAUGCCGGGCGUAGUUUGGGUCAUGGAGAGACUGGCGAAAUCCUUGUGCACAAUGGCAAAGUGUGGAAUGGCUAUUAUGGCAACCCCAAUGAAUCAAAACGCAUGCAGGACUAUCAGGGUUGGUUCCACACCGGAGACAUGGGCUAUUUUGACAAUGAGAACUAUUUGUAUAUAGUAGAACGCAAGAAGGAUAUGCUACGCUUCCAUGGUGCCCAGUAUUGUCCACACGAGCUGGAACAGGUCAUUGCCGAACUGCCGGAUGUGAUAGAGGCCUGCGUCUUUGGCCUAUGGAAUGAGGUGGAUGGAGAUCCAGCUGCUGCUGCUGUGGUUAAAGUCCCAGGCAGUCGACUAUCCGAGAUGGACAUUGUCGAGUAUGUGGCCAAGCGAUUGGUAGUCACUCACAAGCAACUCCAUUGCGGAGUCUUCUUUCUGACUGAAUUACCCAAGACGGGCAGUGGCAAGGUUUUGCGCCAACGAGCACGAGAUCAGGCAUUGGGCAAAAAAUGGAACGAUUAUAGCAAUGCCAAUUAGAUGUUAGUUUUUGAUAGUCUUAAGCAAUUUAUUAAUUAGAUGACUCACCGAGUCAGCCAAUGGAUACGGAAUUCAUGCUGACUUCCAAUCAUACAAUAACAACAACAUAACAUUGAAACCCCAAUGCAGACACAAUGUUUUUGUUGUACAGAUAGUCGUGGCAUUCAGUUUGGUGCUUUAUCGACAGCUUAUCUGUCAAAGAUUGGGUGUCCCAGGUGCGAUAAUACCAACGUACUUAUAUAUAUGUAUGUACAUAUAUAUGUAUGUAUGUAGUAGGCGCCCAGAUGUACCCAAAUGUUCUUUUUUUAAAGGCAAGCAAAGUAAAUUUAAACGUCAUGCCAAAAUAAAAUGUUCAAUUAAUUAGGUCGAUAUACUAAUAAAAAUUGAUUACAGUUGCCUUUGUCACACAUUAAGA